UAUCAGUACUUCGUAUCGUAGUAUAUAUGUACAAUAGUCAGGAUUAUACUUUGUGACUCUUAAUAAUAUGAAGAUCAUUAGACAAUUGUUUCUUUUUCUGGUUUUUCUCUGGACAACGAAAGCUUUUUCCCAUCUCACUCCAAUUCCGACUGAGCAUUUUCUGUUGCAUGAAACUUUAGACUAUCUCGGGAACUACCAUGUCUAUUGGAAGUUUAACAAAACACACAUAACAUUCGAAGUACACGUGAAAACCAGAGGCUAUGUUGGAUUUGGAAUUUCUCCUAAUGGUAAAAUGUAUCCUUCCGAUGUAGUUGUAGGUUGGGUGAAAGAUGGAGUUCCACAUUUGUCUGAUAUGCACACUGUCGGUCACGUCCAACCAGUUAAUGAUACUUCUCAGGAUUGGACACUUUUGCAUGGGGAAGAGAAUAAUUUUGGAACAGUGCUUAAAUUUGAAAGACCUUUGACCACAUGUGACAAUAAUGACACGGAUAUCGUUGAUGCCACUAUGCGAAUAAUAUUUUCUUAUCAUCCUGAUGAUCCAACCAACGAUAAUCAUAUGCCCUGGCACGGUGCUACAAGAAGAGGCGCUAAAAGCAUGAUGUUAUUAUCAACAUCGAAACAGUAUAAACUUCCGAAUGAUAGUCAGACUAAAGAUCUGGUCCAUCAUCAAUUUAAUGUCCCAACUAAGCGCACAACCUAUCAAUGCAGAGUCUAUUCGUUGGAUGACAUUACCACCAAACAUCAUAUGAUAAAGUUUGAGGCAGUAAUACAGAAAGACCAUGAACCAUUUGUACAUCACAUGAAUGUUUACAAGUGUCAUAAUUAUCCACGAAAGUAUAUUGGGACAAAUUUUGAAUGUUACACUAGUCCAUUAGAUAUGAUGCCUUGUGGACAUGUUGUAGCGGGUUGGGCCGUUGGUAGUGGUCCCUUUAAUUUCCCACCAAAUGUCGGCUUACCACUUGGUGAAAAUGAAAAUGAAUAUGCAUACAUAAUUGAAAUACAUUACAACAAUCCUGGGGCUGUUACGGGACUUGUGGACAGCUCUGGAAUGAAAUUUACAUACACGUCACAUUUGCGUCAACACGAUGCAGGAAUAUUGACAGUUGGGAUGUACGAAAAUAAGCAGCAGAUUAUUCCCCCACAUUAUAGCGACUUCAAAAUACAGUCCGUGUGCUCGAAGGAAUGCAUAUCUAAGGCACUAACUGAUGCUUCCCUAGACGAAAUAAAAUUGUUUGCAGUAUGGCAGCAUGCCCAUUUACUAGCGAGGGGUAUAACAACUAGACAUCUCAGAAACGAUGUUGAACUGGAACCUAUAGCAGAAGAUGAACAUUAUGACUUUGACUACCAAGAAACAAGGCUCUUCAGAAAGGAAAUUCCUAUGAGAAAGGGGGAUAGUAUCAGAGUAGAAUGCACAUAUGAUUCAACUUUGAGGAAAAACAUAACAUAUGGAGGAUAUUCAACAGUAGACGAGAUGUGUUUCUCAUUUGUGUACUACUAUCCCCGAACAUCACUUUUUAUGACAAUCCAAUCUUUACUCUAUGAUACAAUUCCUCGUAAUACUUCAUUACUAUCGUAUACGUGGAAGAAUCCAAGCUCUCUUGAUGAUUUGGUCAAUCUGGUGAAAUCUUAUGACUGGACAGAUGACUCAGUUAGAAGUAAAUUUCAACAAGAUGUACUCAAUAGUACCAUGCGCAGUCGCUGCUACUGGUUACAACCCCCAUAUAUUGCUUGUCUUAGAGAUAUGACGAUCACUUCUCACUUGCUACUUUUUCUAAAUUGCAUUUUUAUUGCAAAUGCCAUUCAGCAAUUAGCACCGGUUCCGUUAGAACAUUUCCUUUUGCAUGAAAUUUUAGAUCAUCUCGGGAACUUUCAUGUGUAUUGGAAGUUUAACCAAACACAUAUAACGUUCGAGGUACAUGUAAGAACAAGAGGAUAUGUUGGCUUUGGUUUCUCUCCUAAUGGUAAAAUGUAUCCUUCAGAUGUAGUUGUUGGCUGGGUGAAAGAUGGAGUGCCCCAUUUUUCGGACUAUCACACUGUCGGUCAUUUACAGCCAGUAAAGGAUCUUUCUCAGGAUUGGACACUUCUCCACGGGGAAGAGAAUAAUUUUGGAACAGUUCUAAAAUUUGAAAGACCAUUGAGUACGUGUGACGAGAAUGAUACUAAUAUUGUUGAUGACACAAUGCGAAUAAUAUUUUCUUAUCACCCUGACGACCCAACCGACGAUAAUCAUAUGCCUUGGCACGGUGCUACAAGAAGAGGCGCUAAAAGUGUAUUAUUAUUAUCGACAUCAAAACAGUAUAAACUCCCCGAUGAUAGUCAGACCAAAGAUCUGGUCCAUCAUCAAUUUCAUAUUCCAUCUAAACGUACAACAUAUCAAUGUACAGUUUAUUCGUUGGAGGAUAUUACAACUAAACAUCAUACUAUAAAGUUUGAGGCUGUAAUACAAAAAAACCAUGAACCAUUUGUACACCACAUGAAUGUUUACAAGUGCCAUAACUAUCCACGAAAGUACAUAGGACGAAACUUUGAAUGUUACGCUGUUCCUUUAGAUAUGAUGCCUUGUGGAAAUGUUGUAGCAGGCUGGGCUGUUGGCAGUGGUCCUUUUCAUUUUCCUCCAAAUGUUGGCUUACCAAUUGGUGAAAAUGAAAAUGAAUAUGCAUACAUCAUCGAAAUACAUUAUAAUAAUCCUGGUGCUGUUACGGACAUUGUUGACAGCUCUGGUAUGAGGUUCACAUAUACUUCACACUUACGUCAGUACGAUGCAGGAUUAUUGACGGUUGGAAUGAGGGAAAAUCGUCAGCAUAUUAUUCCACCUCACUAUAACGAAUUCAAAGUACAAAUAGAGGCCACGAAGGAAUGUAUAUCAAAGGGUCUAACAGAUGCUUCAAUAGAUGAAAUAAAAUUGUUUGCAGUAUGGCAGCAUGCCCAUCUUUUAGGAAAAGGCAUUACAACAAGGCAUCUCAGAAAUGAUGUCGAACUGGAGCCUAUUGCAGAAGAUCAACAUUAUGACUUUGAUUACCAAGAAACAAGGCUCUUCAGAAAAGAAGUUCCAGUGAAAAAGGGUGAUAGUAUCAGAGUAGAAUGCACAUACGACUCUUCUUUGAGGAAAAACAUAACAUAUGGAGGAUUAUCAACUGAAAACGAAAUGUGUUUCUCGUUUAUAUACUAUUAUCCCCGGUUUCCAUUGUAUAUGACCAGUCAGUCUCUUAUUUAUGAUACCAUUCCUGGUCAUUCUUCAUUAUUAUCGUUUUCUUGGGAUGAUCAAAGCUCUCUUGAUGAAAUGGUUAAUCUAGUGGAAACUUAUGAUUGGACAGAUGACUCAGUCAGAAGAAGAUUCCAACAAGACGUACUCGACAGUACACUGCAUAGCACGUGCAGCUGGAAACAGUCACCAGUUGUAUGUUAA